AUGCACACAGCACUUUCUACGUUGAUUAUUAUGAUUAUGACAAUUAUUUGCCUUAUCAAUACUAAAAAUAAGGAUGAUUGUCUUAGAAUAGUUAUUGAAGGGAUUGUAAUUUUAUUUUUACAUCAACUUUAUUUGAUUAUACAUCAAUUAUAUUAUCAUAUCAAUUAUGGAAACCGUCGACAUGGGAUACAGAACAAAUAUGAAACAAGCGUUAAUAGUAUUACCAUUGGUUUAGAAAAGCGAACAUUAAUACCAACACGAAUUACAUUACGACAUGCAUUUAUGAGUUGGACUGUGAAAUUAAAUUAUAUUAUUCAUUUUUUUGUGUGUUCCUCUCGAACAAUUGCUCUGCAUUUAAAACUAAUUCAACAGCCAAUAGCAAAUGAUAAAGCUGUUUGUGAAUUUAUAUUAAAUACAUCAGCUGGAUUAUAUACAAAAUUCACACAAUUAUCUGAAAAUUUAGAAUUAAUGGAAUUUUCUCUCGACAAUUUUGCUUUCAUAGAAAUGAUUAAUAAAUAUGAUAAUAAAUUAAGGAUUUCUGCUGAAAUUGAAGUUCACAAAGAAUCCAUUGGUGAAAAUAAACAUUAUAAAAUAAUUGUUUUUGAAUUCAAUGGUGUUCAAAUUAAGGAUUCUAACGAACAAUUAACACUGAUAAUUACAGUUUAUGCUGUAGUAUUUCAUCCAAUGAUUCAUUCAUUUUUCGAUCAAUUAUAUAAUUAUGGUUACACAGAACAUGCUUCGCCAUCACAUAAUCGUCAAAUUUUGGAAUCAGUGUAUGAUGAUCUUUUAUUACAUGGACAAUAUGUAAAUCAUGUAUCAUGGAAUUUUUCUGGUUGGUUGUAUGGAGGUUCGACAAAGUGGAUGUCUAUUCUUUUAGAAUAUAAUGGAUGCAGAAUAAUUUUACCAAAACAUAUGAAGGCAGUGAAGAUUUUGGCAGAAAAAUCAUUAGCAAUGAAUUUUAUGUACCGAGCACGAAAGAUUUUGUUUGAACUUAUCUACAAAUAUCAAGUACCCAUUGAUGGCGAAUUAUUAUUUCUUUCGUCGAUCGUUCAUGCUGUUGAGCAUAAUGAAGUCUGGAAAAGUUCAAGUGGUUAUUAUCAACUACUGCCAACUAUUGCAAAAGAAUUUCAUAUUCCUACACUGAAUUCCGCUUGGUUAAAUUUCGUUGCUCAUUUUCUAUACGGCUCAUCACAAUAUAUGUUUAGAAAUCUACUGAAAGAUAAACGAGAACAAAAUCUGUUCUAUGGAGAAUUAUAUCAAUUGUUGCAUCAAAUUAAUCCAUAUUAUGCAGAUCAAGUGACAUUAUCGAUUUCUUUUUAA